AGCAAACAGCACAGAUGAAAUCCUGCGUGUCCCUGGCACCUCCAGCCUCAGGGGUCUGCAGGARGCUGCUUUUGGAAUAAGCCUUCUUUUCAUGGCAGGCUUCUGACUUGCUCUGGAAUUGCUUUGAAAGCAAGACACCUUGUUUUCUUUUGCCCAUGGAGCUCCCAUUUUUCCAUGGAAAGAUAACAAGAAAAGCCUGUGAAGAGCUGUUGAGCAAGAAAAGGAAUGGGAGUUAUUUAAUAAGAGAGAGUGAGACUAUGGAAGGAGCCUUGUGUCUCUGUGUUUUCUUUGAGGACCUGAUCUACACUUACCGUAUCUUCAGGGAACAUCAAGGAUAUUUUAGAAUACAGACUUCUGARGGUACUCCAGAGAGGACCUUCAAAACAUUAAAGGACCUAAUAUACAAUUUUGAAAAGCCAGAUCAAGGACUAAUAACAAACCUCCGCUACCCAGUGAAGAAACAAAAGGCYUCGCAAAGGAGAUGGAGGCUCAAGUCAGGAAUGGACAGUGUUUACGAUGAAGUUGAUGACAGUGGUGAUUACAUCACCGUGUUACCCUGAAGGAUGUGCACSUGAUGAUUUGGGAAGUCACCGUUCCAGGCUGUGUCAUAGCGCAGUGCCUCAGCCGGGGAGUGCUGCAAGCUGAGAGCCCCACGCUCGAUCUGGAAUCAGCCUCCUAUGGACUGCCAGAGCAGCUAUCUUUUGGAUCCAGUACCAGCUAUUUUUGCUCAGCAAUAAAAUA